UAGAAGGAAGGCCAAUUCAAACAGUUAAACAAUGAAUCAUCUCUUGUGUUUUCUGUUUGUUAUUGGAUUGUGCAUAGGAUGUAGUGACGCAAAAUUUAAAUGGAAUGAGAAAAACUCUGUAUUCUUCAAGAAUUCCCUUGGUCGAAACAAUGUCUUGAAGAUUCAUUGCAUAUCAAAUGAUGACAAUCUAGGCUUCCAUUUUUUGCGUACGGGAGAAACCUACGAUUUUAGUUUUCAUGAUAGUGUUACGGGAACAGAAUUCUUUUGUGACUUAUGGCAAGGACCUAAUUUCAAGUUUCAUGCAUCAUUUAUGGCAUAUGAAGGUGGUGGUAUCAUAGUUCAUUAUGGUAAAAAAAACUUUUGGGAUGCUAGAGAAGAUGGAAUCUAUUUCACACAUGGCAAACAAAUGCCUAAGUUAGAGUACAAAUGGAAAUAAGAACCACUCAAUGGACUUUAGCUCAUCUUUGUUUGUGCCAAAACUUAUUGUUCUUAUGUAUUAUUGUGGAAGGGAAACCAAUAUAUUAUCAACGACACAUAUAUAUAAAAGAAAAAAUCU